AUGAGAUUCACCAAAAAUGUCACUCCCUCGAUAUUAACCUAAAAAUGAGGCGACAAUAGUGAAAUUAGAAGAAAAUUAAUGCACCCACCCCUAAGUAGUAUAUAUAGCAACCCUUCAGCUAAAGACGCGUCUUGCUCAGCUAAACUGCGUAAUUAGACAGACGAUUCAUCUCCUCUGGUUUUGGUUGGGAGAUCUUGUGCUGCUGAGAGAUCCCUACGCUGUUCAUUCCCCACCGCUAAUCUUUAAUUUCCGAGAUGGGGUUGUCUUUCACUAAGCUUUUCAGCCGGCUUUUUGCCAAGAAAGAGAUGCGCAUACUGAUGGUAGGUCUUGAUGCUGCUGGUAAAACUACCAUUCUCUACAAGCUUAAGCUCGGAGAAAUUGUUACCACGAUUCCUACUAUUGGAUUCAAUGUGGAGACCGUGGAGUAUAAGAAUAUUAGCUUCACUGUUUGGGAUGUUGGGGGCCAGGACAAGAUCCGUCCACUGUGGAGGCACUAUUUCCAGAACACUCAGGGCCUUAUCUUUGUUGUUGACAGCAAUGACAGGGAUCGUGUUGUGGAAGCAAGGGAUGAACUGCACAGAAUGUUGAAUGAGGAUGAACUGCGUGAUGCUGUUCUCCUAGUAUUUGCCAACAAGCAAGAUCUUCCAAAUGCAAUGAAUGCUGCUGAAAUAACUGACAAGCUGGGCCUUCAUUCUCUCCGUCAACGCCAUUGGUACAUUCAGAGCACUUGUGCAACUUCUGGUGAAGGGCUGUAUGAGGGACUGGACUGGCUCUCAAACAACAUUGCUAACAAGGUAAGGAUUGCUCGGAGGCCUGAGUACUUUCAGUUCGAGGUGGACAUUGUUGGCCAUUUAUCCAAUGUUUUGGGUUUUGUUGAAGAUUCCCUCAACCUUUGCUUUAGUUAAGAACGUUAUCGUCUUGAGUAAAUGUAUUUCUUGUGAUGAUUUUGUGGAUUUUUGUCAACCUCGUGGGAUCUCUCUAUUCCUAUUUUGUGAAAGUAGGAGUAAAUAGUUGAUCGAACUUACUCUGAUUUCUAGUGGUUUCGCUCGUGUGGUACUACAGAUCUUUUGAGAAUAAAUGGUUCUUCUCUAGUUGUUGGAUCCUUGUUGUGUUGUUAUUAUCAUAUUAUUAUUAUCGGAAUAUUACUGUAUGCAUGGGGCUGGGUUGUAUAUUCUAUAUUUCAUUAUUUGGCAAGCUUUAAGCAGACCGAAUUAUAUAUCAUGGAUCAUGUUAAUCAUUUGACCAAGUUCUGGGUAAA